CGGGAUCGCUUGGGAGCGAGCGAGCGAGCGAAGUGAGCGGCAACAGUGGCGGCAACGCCGACGGCGCGGGGGGCAGUGGCGGCGACGGGGACUGAGCGCGGCCGCGGCUGCAGGAGGCGGAGGAUUAGCAGCAGCAGCAGCGGGGCUGGCUGGUUUUUGCUGUACUAAUACUGCGGCUGAGUUGGUGCUUUAAAGAUUUCCCUUUUCUCAGUUUGCUUACUUGCCUAUCAGACAUUAUGAGGAGAUUGGCUUUUCGUGGUGCUGGUUGUACUCUGAAGAAGUUGGAUUCCAUGAGCUCAAAGAGGCGAAGGGCUACCUCUCCUUCUAGCAGUGCCAGUGGAGGAGAUUUUGAUGAUGGUCACCAUUCCACAAACACACCAGGUCCAAGUAGGAAGCGGAGAAGACUCUCCAACCUCCCAACAGUUGAUCCUAUUGCUGUUUGCCAUGAAUUAUACAACACAAUCAGAGAUUACAAAGAUGAACAAGGAAGGCUUUUAUGUGAACUGUUCAUUAGGGCCCCCAAAAGACGAAAUCAGCCAGAUUACUAUGAAGUAGUUUCCCAGCCUAUUGAUUUAAUGAAGAUCCAACAAAAGUUAAAAAUGGAGGAAUAUGAUGAUGUGAACGUCUUAACUGCUGACUUCCAACUGCUGUUUAAUAAUGCAAAAUCCUAUUAUAAGCCAGAUUCUCCUGAAUAUAAGGCUGCCUGCAAAUUGUGGGAUUUAUAUCUACGGACAAAAAAUGAAUUUGUUCAGAAGGGAGAGGCUGACGACGAUGAAGAUGAGGAUGAAGGCCAUGACAAUCAAGGGACUAUUUCUGAAAUAUCUUCUCCAGGUUAUUUAAAAGAAAUUCUUGAACAACUUCUUGAAGCAGUAGUUGUAGCUACAAAUCCAUCAGGCCACCUUAUUAGUGAACUUUUUCAGAAGCUUCCCUCUAAAGUGCAAUAUCCUGAUUAUUAUGCAAUAAUUAAAGAGCCCAUAGAUUUGAAGACCAUCGCUCAGCGGAUACAGAAUGGAAGCUAUAAAAGCAUUCAUGCAAUGACCAAGGAUAUAGAUCUAUUAGUUAAAAAUGCCAAAACUUAUAAUGAACCAGGAUCUCAAGUAUUCAAGGAUGCAAAUGCAAUAAAGAAAAUAUUUAAUAUGAAAAAGGCAGAAAUUGAGCAUUCAGAACUAACUAAAUCAAGUCUCCGAGUCAGGUAUUGUAAGCAGAAUAGAAAUAUAGAAAGGACUGCAAAUCUGACUGCUUCUAAACUAACAAGUCCUUCCUCACAGAGUAAAGGCAGUGUUGUUGAUGAAAGAAAUUCUGCUAAUAAAUAUUACCGUAACAAAAGAGCUGUCCAAGGCGAUCGUUUAUCAGCAAUAACCAUGACACUGCAAUAUGGAUCUGAAAGUGAUGAAGAUGCUGUUUUAGCUGCUGCUGCCCGUUAUGAAGAAGGAGAAUCUGAAGCUGAAAGUAUUGCUUCAUUUAUGGAUACAGCCAGUCCUCUCUAUCAACUUUAUGACACAGUUAGAAACUGCCGAAACAACCAGGGUCAACUUAUAUCGGAACCUUUUUUUCAUUUGCCCUCAAAGAAAAAAUAUCCUGAUUAUUAUCAACAAAUCAAAAUGCCUAUUUCAUUGCAGCAGAUCAGAACAAAACUGAAAAAUCACGAAUACGAAACUCUCGACCAUUUGGAAUGCGAUUUAAACUUGAUGUUUGAAAAUGCAAAGCGUUAUAAUGUUCCAAACUCAGCCAUUUAUAAGAGAGUUUUGAAAAUGCAACAGGUUAUGCAGGCAAAGAAGAAAGAGCUAGCUAGAAGAGAUGAAAUUGAGGAUGGAGAUAGUAUGAUAUCUUCUGCCACAUCAGAUGCUGGGAGUUCAAAAAGAAAAAGUAAGAAGAAUAUAAAGAAACAGCGAAUGAAAAUCUUAUACAAUGUUGUUCUUGAAGCCCGAGAACCUGGAACAGGCCGAAGGCUGUGUGAGCUGUUUAUGGUGAAACCUUCGAAAAAAGACUAUCCAGAUUAUUACAAAAUUAUUUUGGAGCCAAUGGACUUAAAAAUAAUAGAAUAUAAUAUCCGUAGUGACAAAUAUGCUGGAGAGGAAGCUAUGAUAGAAGAUAUGAGGUUAAUGUUUCGAAAUGCGAGGCAUUAUAAUGAAGAAGGCUCACAGGUUUACAAUGAUGCUCAUAUUUUGGAGAAAAUUCUCAAAGAAAAAAGAAAAGAAUUGGGACCUCUGCUUGAAGAUGAUGAGAUUGCUUCCCCUAAAUUAAAGUUAAGUAGAAAAACUGGUAUCUCUCCUAAAAAAUCAAAAUAUAUGACUCCAAUGCAACAGAAGCUUAAUGAAGUAUAUGAAGCUGUGAAGAACUAUACAGAUAAACGAGGUAGAAGACUCAGUGCUAUUUUUCUACGACUUCCAUCACGGUCAGAGCUUCCUGAUUAUUAUCUGACAAUUAAAAAGCCAGUUGAUAUGGAGAAAAUCAGAAGUCACAUGAUGGCCAACAAAUAUCAGGAUAUUGAUUCUAUGGUUGAAGAUUUUGUAAUGAUGUUUAAUAAUGCCUGCACUUACAAUGAACCAGAAUCCUUGAUUUACAAAGAUGCACUUGUGCUACAUAAAGUUUUGCUUGAGACUAGAAGAGAUAUAGAAGGGGAUGAAGAUUCUCAUGUCCCAAAUGUAACUCUGCUGAUUCAAGAACUUAUACAUAACCUUUUUGUCUCUGUAAUGAGUCACCAGGAUGAUGAGGGGAGGUGCUAUAGUGACUCUUUAGCUGAAAUUCCUGCUGUUGACCCCAGUUUCCCGAACAAGCCUCCUUUGACUUUUGAUAUCAUACGAAGGAAUGUAGAGAAUAACCGCUAUAGAAGAUUGGAUUUGUUCCAAGAACAUAUGUUUGAAGUACUAGAACGUGCAAGGAGAAUGAACCGGACGGAUUCAGAGAUUUAUGAGGAUGCUGUAGAACUUCAGCAGUUCUUUAUUAAAAUCCGUGAUGAACUCUGCAAAAAUGGUGAGAUCUUGUUAUCACCAGCUCUUAGCUACACUACUAAACAUCUACAUAAUGAUGUAGAAAAAGAAAAGAAGGAAAAACUUCCCAAAGAAAUGGAAGAGGACAAACUUAAAAGAGAAGAGGAGAAGAGAGAAGCUGAAAAGAGUGAAGAUACUUCUGGAGGAUCAGGACUAUCUAAUUUACACAGAACAUACAGCCAAGAUUGCAGCUUUAAGAACAGCAUGUACCAUGUUGGAGACUACGUGUAUGUUGAACCUGCAGAAGCUAAUUUACAACCUCAUAUAGUCUGCAUAGAACGAUUGUGGGAAGAUUCAAAUGGGGAAAAAUGGUUAUAUGGCUGCUGGUUUUAUCGACCAAAUGAAACAUUCCAUCUUGCCACCAGAAAAUUUUUGGAGAAGGAGGUGUUUAAAAGCGAUUAUUACAACAAAGUUACAGUGAGCAAAAUUCUAGGCAAAUGUGUAGUUAUGUUUGUUAAGGAAUAUUUUAAGCUAUGUCCAGAAAACUUCAGAGAUGAAGAUGUCUAUGUUUGUGAAUCACGUUAUUCCGCAAAGACAAAGUCUUUUAAGAAAAUUAAAUUGUGGACUAUGCCAAUUAGUUCUGUACGAUUUGUCCCUCGAGAAGUGCCCUUACCUGUGGUUCGUGUUGCAUCAGUGUUUGCUAAUACAGACAAAAUUGACGAAGAAAAACAUACUGAAACAUCGGAGGAUACCAAAAUUGGAGAUAGCAUUCUUAGUCUUGAAAAGGAUAAGGAAGAUGUUCCAGUAGACAUGUCAAAUGGAGAACCUGCCUGUCACUACUAUGAACAGCUUUGUUACAAUGACAUGUGGUUAAAAGUUGGAGAUUGUGUCUUCAUAAAAUCGCAUGGUUUAGUCCGACCAAGGGUUGGCAGAAUAGAAAAAAUGUGGGUUAGAGAUGGAGCUGCCUAUUUCUUUGGUCCAAUUUUUAUUCACCCAGAAGAAACAGAACAUGAGCCAACUAAAAUGUUUUAUAAGAAGGAAGUAUUUUUGAGUAACUUGGAAGAGACUUGCCCGAUGACGUGCAUUCUGGGAAAGUGUGCUGUGCUGUCUUUCAAAGACUUUCUUUCCUGUAGACCAACUGAAAUCCAUGAAAAUGAUGUUCUUCUCUGUGAAAGUCGCUAUAAUGAAAGUGACAAACAGAUGAAAAAAUUCAAGGGACUAAAAAGAUUUUCUUUGUCUGCUAAGGUAGUAGAUGAUGAAAUUUAUUAUUUCAGGAAACCCAUUAUUCCACAAAAGGAGCCAUCUCCACUUUUAGAGAAAAAAAUUCAGCAGCUAGAAGCAAAGUUUGCUGAGUUAGAAGGUGGAGAAGAGGAUAUUGAAGAGAUUGGGGAAGAAGAAGGUGAAGUCGCAGAAGCACCAACAAUAUCUCAACUGCAGACGCCACACUCCAAUGAAUUGGAUAUAAUGCCAUAUACUCCACCACAGUCCACUCCGAAGUCUGUCAAAGGCAGUGUAAAAAAAGAAGGCUCUAAAAGGAAAAUCAAUAUGAGUGGAUACAUUUUGUUUAGCAGUGAGAUGAGAGCUGUUAUUAAAGCUCAGCAUCCAGAUUAUUCCUUUGGAGAACUCAGCAGACUGGUUGGAACAGAGUGGAGAAAUUUGGAAGCUUCCAAGAAAGCAGAGUAUGAAGAGCGGGCAGCUAAGGUUGCUGAGCAGCAGGAGAGAGAACGAGCAGCACAGCAACAGCAGCAGAAUUCUUCCCCCCGGGCAGGCACUCCUGUCGGGGCUCUUAUGGGGGUGGUGCCGCCACCAACACCAAUGGGGAUGCUCAAUCCGCAGUUGACACCUGUUGCAGGCAUGAUAGGUGGCUAUCCACCAGUGCUGCCACCUUUACAAGGCCCAGUUGAUGGCAUUGUUAGCAUGGGCAGCAUGCCGCCACUUCACCCUGGGGUGCCUCCACCCCAUCAACUUCCACCAGGCAUGCCAGGCAUCCCACCACCGGGUGUUCUAGGGCAAAAUGUUUCCUCCAUGGUAGGAGCCCCAGCACCAGGAAGUCCAUUUGGGCAGCAGAUAGGUAUGCUUGGUCCCCCAGGUCAACAAGCACCACCUCCCUAUCCUGGUCAAAACCCAGCAUCUCAACAGGUCAUGCAGCAGCCUACAACGCCUAUGUUUGUCUCUCCUCCACCAAAGACACAGAGGCUUCUCCACUCAGAAGCUUAUCUGAAAUAUAUUGAAGGUCUUAGUGCUGAUUCAAAUAAUAUUAGCAAGUGGGACCAGACCCUUUCAGCACGAAGACGUGAUGUCCAUCUCUCAAAAGAGCAAGAAAGUCGUCUUCCUACACACUGGUUGAAAAGCAAAGGGGCUCAUACCACAAUGGCAGAUGCACUAUGGCGGCUUCGAGACUUGAUGUUGAGAGAUACACUUAAUAUCCGCCAGGCAUACAACAUAGAAAAUAUUUAAUCUUUCAAUGCCAACAUAUAAAAAAAAAUUGUGGAACAUAGCUGUUUUAGUUAUUGGUGAGGGAAAGAAAAUUGUUUUUAUUGCAUCUUAUUGUAUAUUGCAAGAUUGUUUUUUUAUAAGGACAUUUUUAAUAAGCAUAUUUCACUUUUUGUUAUAUUAUGUUGACUUUUCUUAAAUAUACAGGCUUGUGCAUAUG